AUGGCAUCUGCACUGAAGGAUCUCCAUGCGAUCAUCGACUCGCUGCCCGCCGAGGGGUCGGGUUGGGGCCCGCCUACUACAACAGAGACGAUGCUCAACGGUGUGCCCUACGCUCCAUUCUCAAAAGGCGACAAGCUAGGACGCGUGGCGGACUGGACAUCUGAGGGCAAGGACAGAGAGCGCGGUGGUCGCCAGCAGUUCCAAAACCGCUACAGAGAUCAGAUCUAUGGCGCUGGUCCCGGUGGUCUACAGACGGCUUUCAACAUCGAGGGACAGAACGAGGAGAGCAGCUUCUCGCUCGUCGACCGCUCACAGACAUCCACUCGAGGCCGUGGCUUCGGCGGUAGGGGCAAUGCAGUCUUCCGCGGCCGUGGACAGCGAGGCGCGGCUCAGAAUCAGCGAGGCGGACGUGGCACCUUCCAGCGCGUGGGUGGUGGCCGAGGCGGACAGCAGGGCUACGACUCUCGCGGUGGCCGUGGAGGCCGACGUGGUGGCAGAUUUGGUUGGAAGGACUACGACAAGCCUCAGCGCAACCGCGAGGCAUCUGUCCAGCCCAAGGACACCUGGCGCAUGCUGGAAGAGAUUGACUUCAAUCGUCUGGCCAAGCUGAACCUCGACACUGGCGAGGGCGAGGACCUCGACGACUACGGCUUCCUCUACUACUACGACCGCUCGUACGACAAGCAGCCUGGUGCUCCCACCUCUGCCCGCAAACUGACCGUCCUCGAUCGCGCCGCAUACAACGUCACCACCUCCUCCGACCCUGUCAUUCAAGAGCUUGCAGAGAGAGAUGAAGCCAGCAUCUUCGCAACGGACAACAUCCUCUCCAUGCUCAUGUGCGCUCCUCGCAGUGUCUACAGCUGGGACAUCGUCAUUGUCAAGCAGGGUGGCAAGAUCUUCAUCGACAAGCGUGAGGGCAGCAGCUUGGAUAUGGUCACUGUGAACGAGAACGCCGCAGACGCUCCAUUGGAGAUCAGCGAGGGCAACAAGGACCAGAUCAACAGCCCUGGCGCAUUGAAGGAGGAGGCGACACACAUCAACAAUGUCUUCCCACUACAGGUUGUUCAGGAGUCCGACUCGAGCAGACGCGACAUGAACAACGAGCACCCAUUCUACAACGCAAACGAGGAGACCGAUCCUCCAGCUUCCAAGGCAUACAAGUACCGACGAUUCGACCUGUCUCUUGAAGCAGACCAGGAGCCUCUUCACAUCAUCGUCCGGUCCGAGCUGGAUGCUGUUGUGAAGAACAACAUCAGCGGCGAAGACCAGUUCCUCAUCAUCAAGGCGCUGAACGAGUUCGACAACAAGGCACAGGGAGCUGGUGGUGCUCUCGACUGGCGGACGAAGCUGGCCAGCCAGCGUGGUGCUGUUGUGGCCACUGAGAUGAAGAACAACAGCUGCAAGCUUGCGAGGUGGACCAUGCAGAGUAUCCUGGCCAAGGCUGACUUGAUGAAGCUUGGCUUCGUCUCUCGCGCGAACCCAAAGUCGACCAACGAGCACGUCAUCCUCGGUGUCUUGGGCUACAAGCCACGCGAGUUCGCUACCCAGAUGAACCUCAACCUCAACAACGGUUGGGCUAUCGUGCGCACCUUUAUUGAUAUGGUCAUGAGGGAGGAGGGUGACGGCAAGUUCGUGCUCGUCAAGGACCCUAAUAAGCCCACGAUUCGCCUCUACCAGGUCCCACGCGAUACAUUCGAGGAGGAAGAGGGUGAGGAGAUGAGCACCGUUCCGGAAGACGGUGGUGAUGAAUAG